AUGAGGGUCAUGGACUCUGAUGACGAGUUGGACAAGGACUAUGACAUGCUCGACUCUGACAUCGACGACGGUGAACUGAAGAAAUCUGCCUCCGACACGCCCGCCUCUACCGCUCCCUCUUCUCCCCCUCUCAACGCCUCCGACAAGCUUCCACGCAGUCGCCAGAGAAUCCACCCGUGCACCUUUGAGAACUGCGACAAGGUGUUUGAUCGCAAAGCGAGGUUAGAAGAUCACAUUCGUUCUCACAACAAUGAGCGCAACUUUAAGUGCCCGCAUGCGCCAUGCACCAAGUCCUUCCUCCGCAACAGCCACCUGAAGCACCAUAUCAAGAAUCAGCAUAGUCAUAUUCGUGACUACAAAUGCACAUGGGAAGGAUGUGAGGCAAGCUUUACAACAGGGACAAGACUACGCCGCCACAUCGUGACCCAUGAGGUAAAGGAACAGUUCAGAUGCCGCGGUUAUGCCGGCUGUGACCAGACCUUCCGUAAACAAGAAACUCUGGACCGCCAUGUCUCGACGGCUCAUCAGGGCAUCAAACCCUUUCCUUGCAAGACAUUGGAUCCUCUCACUGGUGCAGCUUGCAACAAAGCCUACGACACGGCGGAGAACCUGCGCACCCAUGUCCGCGCGAAGCAUGACAUCACCCGCUUCUCCUGUGAAGAGUGCAAAUCGUUGAAUGCGGCGAUUCUUGCAAACUCGGAAGGUCAAGAUGACCGGGAGCCACGCGAGGCGCACUUCGCAACUUACGCACUGUUCCAAAGUCACAACGCCAAAUAUCAUCCGCCAGAGUGCCAAUAUUGUCCAACCUCGUUCGUCACCAGCAAGGAAUUGACCCGUCACUUAGAACUUCAACACGGCAUCCUGCCAGAGAAGAAGCUUGAACAUGGCUCAGUUUUUACAUGCAACGCCGAAGGUUGUGGCAAGAAGUUCACCAAGAGAGGCAACCUGAAUGUCCACGUUAAGACAGUUCACGAGAACAAGCGCGACUUUGUCUGCGGCAAGACUCCUGUCCCCGUGCCAUCCGAUAUCACAGGUCGUGGAGAUGUUGCCGUGUAUGGCUGUGGGCGCAGUUUCACCAGCAAGGCCAGUCUGGAGGAGCACAUCCGGACCGCGCAUUUGGAGCUUGCGUCGAAGCGCUUUCUCCGCGAGAACAAGCGCAAAGCCGAUGCUCCUACUUCUGAAGAGGGCGGCCAGCUCAAGAAGAAGCAGCGCAAGCCUCGCUCUGACAAGGGAAUUCCUCGCGGCUCUGCCAUUGCAGGUCUCACUGGUUCCAAUGUGCCCACCACUCCUACCGUGCAAGAAGGCCCGUUCCCCUUCGGGUUUGGAGACGAACUCAUUUCACAUAUGGACGCUGACUCAUCAACACUGCACGAGCUUGAAAAGGCUACCCGCCUACGAGCAGACAAAGGCAAGGCGCUGGACAAGAGUAAUAGUACCAUCCUCUCCGCGUCGAUGACCAUCUGCGGCGACGAGAUCUAUUCUCAGGGCAAUGCUUACCACUAUCCUUCUGGCGAAUACCCGACCUUACUGUCGCGUGACCUUGAGCGCACGACUGUCCACGACGAUGUCACCACAGAAGACGCCAUCUGCACCAGUCCUUCCAGCAACUUCGGCGUCACCGCGGUGGAUGAGUACGAGGAUGUUGAUUUCUUCGGGCAGUUCGAGCAGGAAGAGCGCGAGCUCGAGUUGGCGAAUCGGCAUCCUGGAUCUGUGUAUCCUGCGCUCUGA